AUGCGGCGCUGCCGGCUCCGGUGCAUGUCGGCCGCGCGCGUCGCCGUCGAUCCGAUCGACGCUCAACGGCCAUUCACGCCCGUCGCGGAUGCGCUAGGGAAUAUGCCGCAGACUAAGAGAGCUGGCGAUGCUGAUCUAACAGAAAGCUCCAAAAAGAAUAGAGGAAUCGACACUAGCAGCGGAAAGACGCUUGAUUUGAUAAUUGCAGGCGACCUAAAUCAGGAUAUCAAUUCGGAAGAACUGAUUGACAAGUUCAGAGACUGUGACCAAAGUGUCUGGAGCGAGCUCAGCAAAGAAGUUACUUCAAAAUUUUCCAGAAGUGUCGUCUCCCUUGCAUUGUCUGAUGGACAUAAGGUGUUAUUUGCAUGCUCGGGCAUAGCAUUACAACGCCAACCUCUUGGUACACGCUUUCUCACUUCAUCAAGUUUGGUUAGAGCUUACAAUGAUAAGAAAGCAGAAGGCUGUGGUAGCUUGAAGAUUGAAGUGCGUCGCAACGGCAAUGUUGCCACAGGCUUGUUAGGAGACUAUGAUUUCGAUCAGAAGAUUGCUCUUGUCAACAUAGCGAUCUACUCCCUUGGUGUUCGUCCUUUGGAUCUCGAUCAUCAGGUGGAAUUUCUUCCCUGCAGUAAGGUAGUAGCUGUCGCACGUGCUGAUUCUGGCACAUUAAUGGCCACAACUGGGAUACUGACCGGUGAUUCAAGUGGAUCUGAAGAUGGUAAACAGUGUAUGCUCUCCACCUGUAAAAUAUCUGAGGCUUGGGAAGGUGGGCCACUUUUUGAUUGUGAUGGGAACUUUGUUGGCAUGAACCUUUGUCUGGUUGGGGAAGGAACUUCUUUCGUGUCAAGGAGUAUAAUUAUCAAACGUUUGGAGAAAUAUAUGCCGAAAAAGAAAGUUAAGAGGGUCAGGCAUGUAAAAAUACAGAGACAGGUGCAGCCCUUGCCCUAUUGCACUUAUCCAAGGGACAGAUCUGGGGAGCUAGACUGCUUAAGUUAUCCAAAGCCUUCUGCAGCUACUGAGGGCUUGAAAUUGGUUAAUAUAUUUGAAGAGACUUUUGGCGACUUAUAUGGUUCUAGUAAAGGUGUUUGGAGCCAACUUGGCAAAACAGUCUCUCAGAACUUAAGUCGAGUUGUUGUCUCACUGGCUUCAUUCAGUGGAGAAAGAAGGUUCUUUGCAUGCUCAGGCUUAGUAAUUGAAUGGAAUGGAUGCACAAUCAUUCUGACCUCGGCGAGUUUGGUUAGGGAUCCUAACGAUGAAAACAAGAUUGCUGAAAACUUGAAGAUUGUAGUUUUGCUUCCAAACAAACAACGCAAAGAGGGGAUAUUGCAACAUUCCAGUUUACACCACAAUGUUGCUCUUGUUGGUGUCAAGGAUUUCCGUCCUCUUCGUUCAUUUAGUCUUGAAGAUCGGUGGAAUAACAAAACUCGUAAAGAUCCUAAAAGAACUCGUAAAGAUCCCAAUGUAGUAGCUGUGGGACGCUGCUUCAAAUCAGGAGUCCUAAUGGCUACAUGUGGGAGAGGAACCGACUGGUCAGGCAUGCUUGAUUACAGAGGUCUUAGGUACUCCAGUUGUAAGAUCACUAAGGCUGGGAUUGGAGGGCCUCUGGUUGACUUCAGUGGGAGAUUUAUUGGCAUGAACUUCUAUGAUAAGAAAAUAGGAACCCCAUUCAUGUCUAGGGACUGUAUUACUCGAGUGCUGGCACACUUUGAGGGAAAAAGCCCUGUUGAUGAAGUUACCGGUGAUGGCAAGACAAUGAGCUCUGUUGAUAAAGUUACCGUUGAUGAUACGCCAGUCAGCACUGUUGAUGAAGUUUGCAGCACUGUUGAUGAAGUUUGCGGUAAUGGUAAGCCAGUCAGCACUGUUGAUGAAGUUUGCGGUGAUGGUAAGCCAGUCAGCACUGUUGAUAAGGUCCGCGCUGAUCAUAGGCCAAUCAGGUAG